AUGCACCGCACGCUUUUGCUUGCGACUCAAAAUGCGAUGAAUGUGGAGCUCUUGGACUCUGCCCCAUUCGCAGAAUGGCCUGGCGUUCAACGUCUUGAGGGGUACGACGAGGGCAACUACAUCGCAGUAUUAUUUCUUGCUUGGGCUUAUAUACUGAGUGCUCGAUGGUUUGAAUUGUUGAGCAGAUCUCUAGAGCACCGUUGUAUGAUUAUCUUCAAGAAAGAGACUUCCCGAUGUGAGCCCCCACUGUCACAUACCACUGUUCAAGUAGACAUUGGAGAUGAUGCUAGUGAUGAUGAAGUCCAUUGGUGGAAUGCAAUCUUAUCAGCAUAUGAAGGAUGGGGUAUAGCGACAGUCUAUAAUGGCAGGACGCACCACAGUGUUAAGAACUAA